AUGCAUGCGAAAAUUUACAGGGCCCUGUGCAUCCUCGCUUGGAUCAUAAUGCUGAUGUCAUUGAUCACGGUUGUCUGCUCCUUCAUCAAGCCUGGAUAUAGCAGUUUAUUCAUCAGCGGCCUUUUAUUCUACAUACUAGGCGGAUUCGUCUCUCUAUUCACACACGUUUUGUACCUUGAAGGCAAAAGACGGCGUGGUCAGGAUAAUAAGGAUGAAGAUGAGCCUGAUGAAGGCAGCGAGGGCGACGAGGAUGAGGAAAGCAUUGCGAGUGAGAAUCUGCCUAUAGAAGAGUAA